AUGACGUUGUGGACGUGUCAUUCGCGGACAGCUCGUUGGCGGCGUUGCGCAGGCUCUUUCUCGUAAAAGUCGUAUUGGAGUGUUACUAAUGAACAAAAGUUGAAUGGUUUUAGUUCAAUUGAUCAGUGAAUAACUUAGUUAGGAUAGUUAAAACGAAAUAAAUCAAAAUGGGAAUCAAAUUUCUGGAAGUAAUAAAGCCGUUUUGCAGUAUAUUGCCAGAAAUCGCAAAACCAGAACGGAAGAUCCAAUUCCGAGAGAAAGUAUUAUGGACAGCAAUCACAUUAUUUAUUUUCUUAGUAUGCUGCCAGAUUCCCUUAUUCGGUAUAAUGUCAUCAGACAGCGCGGAUCCUUUCUACUGGAUCCGUGUCAUCUUAGCUUCGAACAGAGGAACACUUAUGGAACUCGGUAUCUCGCCAAUCGUCACAUCUGGUCUCAUCAUGCAGCUUUUAGCUGGUGCGAAGAUCAUUGAAGUUGGUGACACUCCAAAAGACAGAGCGUUGUUUAACGGCGCUCAGAAAUUAUUUGGUAUGGUAAUCACUGUGGGUCAAGCCAUCGUAUACGUAAUGACUGGCAUGUACGGUGAGCCCAGCGAAAUCGGAGCUGGUGUCUGUCUGCUUAUCAUCAUCCAACUGUUUGUUGCUGGUCUCAUUGUGUUGCUGCUUGACGAGCUGUUGCAAAAAGGAUAUGGUCUCGGAUCUGGUAUCUCACUGUUCAUUGCGACAAACAUUUGUGAAACUAUCGUCUGGAAAGCAUUCUCUCCUGCUACUGUCAAUACUGGCCGCGGCACAGAGUUCGAGGGCGCCGUGAUCGCACUAUUCCACUUGCUAGCCACGCGACCCGACAAGGUGCGCGCGCUCCGCGAGGCCUUCUACCGCCAGAACCUGCCCAACCUCAUGAACUUGCUCGCCACUGUACUCGUCUUCGCGAUAGUCAUAUACUUCCAGGGCUUCCGCGUGGACCUGCCCAUCAAGUCGGCGCGCUACCGCGGCCAGUACUCGUCGUAUCCCAUCAAGCUGUUCUACACCUCCAACAUCCCUAUCAUUCUGCAGUCUGCGCUAGUUUCUAACCUCUACGUCAUUUCGCAAAUGUUAGCCGUCAAAUUCAGCGGCAACUUCCUAGUGAACAUGCUGGGCGUUUGGGCCGACGUCGGCGGCGGCGGCCCUGCACGUGCCUACCCAGUAGGCGGCCUGUGCUACUACUUCAGCCCGCCGGAGUCGCUUGCCCACAUUGCCCACGACCCGCUACAUGCUGUUCUGUACAUCUUCUUCAUGCUGGGCUCCUGCGCCUUCUUCUCCAAGACCUGGUUCGAUGUGUCCGGGUCUUCUGCCAAGGAUGUCGCGAAACAGCUGAAGGAACAACAGAUGGUAAUGCGCGGCCACCGCGACAACUCCAUGAUCCACGAGUUAAACCGCUACAUCCCGACGGCUGCGGCCUUCGGAGGGCUCUGCAUCGGAGCCCUAUCAGUCUUAGCCGAUUUCCUCGGCGCCAUCGGCUCCGGCACCGGAAUCCUGCUCGCCGUCACCAUCAUCUACCAGUACUUCGAGAUAUUCGUCAAGGAACAGGCCGAGAUGGGAGGCAUGAGCACGCUGUUGUUCUAACUCUGAAACUCUUAGCGGGGAGGAGGCGGUAGGGGUCACGUGACGGUGAUCCGUAGACGGAGCGGCGAAAUUACGCAGUUUCGAAAUUCGUCAAUGAGGGUUUUCGCUGUUGAAAAAUCCGCCAGAUGGCAAUACGUAGACGCGAGGUCCAAAUGCUGCAUGAUUGGUUAUUUUUGACAUGACAUUGACAGAUGUCAAAAUCCACCAAUCACGCAGCAGUUAGACCUUACAUCCACGUCCCUCCAUCUGGCGGAUUUUUCAAUCGCGAACACCCUAAUUGUAAAACGUUUUGUGAUCGCUCCGUCUACGGUUCGCCGAUUGUAAUUAGUUUUAUUCGGUCUGAGUAAUUUGGCUUUCGCCAUUGGACUGUCGCGUUAAUUUUUUUUAUUUAGUAGGGAAUAUUAUGUCCUCGGCCGCCUCCUCGCCGGCGUGUGUGUGCGCGUGGGUUAUGUGCUAAUUUAUAUGAGAUAACUUUAUAAUAAAAUAAUUACGAGAAGUACA